AUGGAAUCCAAAUUAAAGAACUCUAUGACGUUGCAAGAUUGUGAAAAAAUUACGACGCCAUUUUCGAUCAACGACAUUUUGACGAAGGAAAAAAGUGAUUUUGAAAAUGGAAUGGACAGUUUUGGCGCGAAGUUUUCGAAGCCGGGAACCUACAAGGAGGAUUUUAAAAAGGAAGGGAACAAAAUGUACUACGAUGAAUGUCACUACCGGGAUUAUGAAGAUGGUGCUUUGGAUAUGUCCAGGAAGCAUUACCCGGUCACUGAACUUUCUGAUGACUACGACUCCCGUUCCUCCAACACAGGCUCUCCCCGCCGCGCGUCGUCCCCAAACUCCGACAUCACCUACAAACCCUUCCUCUACGAGCGCAAAACACCCCCCACAUCCCCCCUCCUAACCCCCAACUACCCCCUCGAAUACACCCAGAACGCCGCCAGGAAAAAACGAUCCCGUGCCGCCUUCUCACACGCCCAAGUCUACGAGUUAGAGAAAAGGUUCAGCCAGCAAAGGUACUUGUCAGGUCCUGAAAGAGCAGAUUUAGCCGUCAGUCUCAAACUAACGGAGACCCAAGUCAAAAUCUGGUUCCAGAACAGAAGAUAUAAAACAAAGAGAAAGCAGUUACAGAUGCAGGAAAACGGUAUGUUGGCAGCGGCGGCAGCAGCAGCGAACCACGCGAGGAAAGUGGCAGUAAAAGUCUUGGUCAAUAACAACGCGCAACCGAGUCUGCCAGAUCUAAAGCAGUACAACCCGAUGAUGGGGAAGAUGAAUCCAUUCGCGCCGUCUUUGUUGGACGGAUCACCCGUUUUAAAACACUUUGCUGGAGUUUAUGGCGUCGACUUCACUAAGAACCCUGAGUACAAAGCUUUACUCCAAGAAUCUUACAACCAAGCGGUUUUACAAUCACUUUACGGUUCACAUUUAGGGGUGAAUUACUCGAACCUACCCCUCUCUUAUAUGUAUUACCCUGGACAUCCGGCUUUUGGUAUGCCAAUGCAAGAGAGAGAAAGGGAGGAAAGAGGAGAGCAUUCUAGGGAGGAAAAGGACAAAAAACCACAUGUCGAAAAUGAGAACAGUAAUGAAAGCUUGGCGAGUAAUAUUGAGGUAGAAAAUUGAAUGUUUAGAUUUAGUUGAAAACGGUGUUUUGAUAAGUGUUGCCUCCGUACGAAUUCAAUAACAAUUGAAUGAGCUAAAAAGUAGCUUUUCUUUUGCAGUUAAAAGAAAUAGUGUACUAAUACGCUAACUAUAACUUUUCCAGUUUUUCUAAUUUUGGUAAAAGUGCCAUGAUUGAAGAGCAACAGAUAGGCAGCCGGUGAUAUUUUAAGUAAGCAAGUGAGCAGUAUUUUUUUUAUUUUAGAGUAUUUUUGAUCCACUAUGGCACUGAGUUUCUGUGGUAAGCGAUUGUUCCUCAAGAUCAAUGUUUUUUGUUCCUCGAAUUAGGUAUAAAAAUGUACCAAAUGCAAUUUCUUAGCCAUGUAGUACCUAAAUGUUACACCAAAGAUUGAAACGGUAACCAAAGUGUAAGCAGUAAGCACUAGUUAUAGUUAUAUUGUUGAAGUUUAGAGCGUCUACCACGAGUAAGACAUACACCUACUCGAGAGCGUAAUACUUUUAAACAUCGCAAAGAAUAACAAAAUGAUAUUGUGACUGAUUUUCA